CUUGAUUCAAUUCGAUUGUGAAAUAAAAAUAAAUAAUCAUUAAAAAUACUUAUCUAUUUAUCAAAAUCGAACACUAUAAAGCAUGGAUUCAAUAAUUACGCCCAUGUGAUAAAAAUACUAAGAAAGUUUACUUCCUUUUAGUGAAAUAAUAUUUUUUAUCUUUAUUGGUUCUGGGGCUAUCACCAAAAUAAAAUCUUACCAUGGCUGAUGCAGCAGCAGCACGGCGCGAAGCUCGUAGAAGAAGAAUAUUAGAAAAUAGUCAUAACAGACUUCAACUUAUAUCUGGAAAAUCUAGCGACGAAUGUUGUACAGUAUCACCGGCCAGAAAUCCAAUUCCCGAACAAAAUUACGAACUUUCUACAACCUCAGAGAGUAGCAGCAGUAAAUCCACUCUCAAUAAUGGAGUACUUAUUGUUGAGUCUGAAACUUUUGAUUUGUUGACACCAAUGCAUGACAUUAUUGCAGGCAAUGGUGAUGUUGUUAAUGAGAAUGAUUCAGCGAAUGUUCUCUCACCAGUGGAGACAGAACAAACAUCUACAAUUUGGGAUAAAUUGAUCAGCCACAAAUAUGACAUAGUUUUGUUAUCCCUACUCAUUCAACUCUUAUAUGGAUUAUCUUUUAUAACACUUGACAGUACAUAUAUUUUUCUUCCUUUUGCCAUAUAUGUUAUUACAAAAUUAAUAUUUUUUCCUACAAAAACUAAUUCAAAGUUUGCAAAUGUGAUUCAAUUACUAAAUGGUUUAUCACCACAGACUGAUAGACUACAAAAAGUACUUAGUAUCACACAAUGGUCAGGAGUGAUUUUUCAAGAUGUAUGCAUUUAUCUAUUCACUACUAUUUGCAUCCAAUCACUUUAUAAUACAAUAAUUGAAAAUUUUGCAACAUUAUAAUUACUUGGAACCCCAAAAUGAGGGCAAUAAAUUGACUGAGUGUUAUACAACAAUAGCGGGCUAGAUCCUGACAAGAAUGUUCCAUAGUUUUGAUUGCUUGUGCCUUUAUAUAUAAGUGAGACAUGACAUAUGUGCGUUUUAGUCACAUAUUGCCAUUUUAGUUUUAAAAUAGGUACCAUUUUGUAAAUAAAGACAGUUAAUAAAUUUUAGUUCAAAUUAACAUCUUGCUCAAAAUUCUAAAGAACUCUUUUUAUGCAUGCAUUUUAUUUGCGAAAUUUUAAGCAAUCAUGCACUUUAAAUUCAUGUCCUCUGAACAAUGUGAAUUUCCAUUAGCUCUCUUACCAUCCAAAAUGUGGAUGAUUCCACAUUGUAUUGAAAGAUGUAUGUAUAAUGUUUCAAUGUCAAUACAAUUAGGUUUUUAUUACAACAUUGUAACAGAUAUGGACUUUGCAGAGGUGGUCAUCACCCUCAUAAAGUACCAGAAUGUAUUGUGUACGAGCCACAGUGAUGACAUAGAAUGUAUGCUCUAUAUUCAAACAUGAUUAGCCCUUCCAAAUCUCAAAUCUAUGCAUUUUUAAUUAUUCAAUUUAUUAUUUCCAUGUGAAUCAUAUUUAUUGUUGGAAAAAUGCAGUGUAUGCCAAAUUAGAUUAACUAUUUCAAUCUUCCUGUAAUAUUUUUAUAUACUUACAUAAUAAUAAUAAGAUCUGUUAUUAAAUUGUCCAUCAUAUAUCUAAUAAGGCCUAUAAGGACAAAUAUUUUGUUGUACAUAUUUGUAUAAUCUUAACUUUGCAUUAC